AAUUAUUAAAAUUUUCUCAUAGAAGAAGCUCUAUGGUCUAAACCCUCCCUCCCAUUUUCAGCCACUGCACACUGCCGCCCCUCUUGCCCGACACCGCCUUAGCAACUGCCGCCGCACACUGCACUCUCAGCUGCCGCAGCUUUGCUCUUCCGACGAGCUCGCCGCUGCUCCUUCCUUCUCACGCUCUUUCGUCUCUCCGAGCAAUCGGAGUUACUUAUCUCUAUAUUUCUCUCUCAGAAACACAGAGGUUCAGCCCCUCCACGCCGUUGGUGAGAUCGCGCCGCCUUCGGUUAUUGUUCAGAUCCCAAAGCGAGAAGCUAGGACAUUGAUAAUGGCAAGCCAAGCAGCUAGUUCUAUCAAUGGCAACAUGAAGAAAGCACUUGCUGGCUUGAAACGCAUCAAUUUGGAAGGCCUGAGGUGGAGAGUGUUUGAUGCCAAAGGCCAGGUUCUUGGGAGAUUGGCAUCUAAAAUAUCUACCGUGAUUCAAGGCAAGGAUAAGCCAACAUAUACACCCAAUCGAGAUGAUGGGGAUAUGUGCAUUGUGCUUAAUGCUAAGGAUAUCGCUGUCACAGGAAGAAAACUCACUAAAAAAGUUUAUUACUGGCAUACAGGGUAUGUUGGGCACCUGAAGGAAAGAACUUUGAGGGAACAGAUGAACAGAGACCCUACAGAAGUCAUACGUAAAGCUGUGUUACGCAUGCUUCCAAAAAAUAAACUGCGUGAUGAUAGAGAUCGAAAACUGAGAAUUUUUGCUGGAGAUGAACACCCUUUUGGCGACCGCCCACUUGAGCCCUAUAUCAUGCCACCUCGUAAUGUAAGAGAGAUGCGGCCUCAGGUAAGACGGGCAAUGAUUCGAGCGCAAAAGAAGGCCGAGCAACAAGAAAACAGCAAGAGCGAACGAAAGGGAAGUAGAAAGAAAGAAGAGAAGGUAGAAGUGAAGGCCUGAUUUCUUCUGCCCUUAUGGGAGUUUUGUGUAGAUCUGAAUUAGUUGGGAAUUUGAUUGAAUUGCAUCAGGGCUGUCUUUAAUUGAACCGAGUAACUUGGAUUUGAUAUCAUUUGUAAAGAUAUGAUGCCCUGUUUGUUCAAUGCUUGGAUAUCCAAGGGAAACGUGUUUAGUUUCUUUUUCUUAGAUGCAACUAAUAAGUUAUUCUGUUGCUAUUACACUUUA